AUGGGUUCGUGCAUGAGUACUAGUGGGGAGGAGUCGGAUCAAAGGAAAAGGAGCAACAAGAUCGACAAGGACCUUGAGGAGGACUCGAAAAAAUUGAGGAAGGAAUGCAAGAUUCUACUGCUUGGGUCGGGCGAAAGUGGAAAGUCGACAAUUGUGAAGCAGAUGAAAAUCAUUCAUCUGAAAGGCUACUCACAGGAUGAACUCGCCAGUUACCGUGCGACAGUGUAUAAAAACCUUCUAGAAUGUGCAAAAGCCUUGUGCAGCGCCAUGCGCCAGUUCGGGAUCGAGCCGAUGUUAGAGGAGAACAAGGAACACUGCGAGUUUCUUCUGGAAUACUCGCUAGAUACGAACCCCCAAGCUCGACUUGAUGCGAGGGUAGGCGCUGCAAUCCAAUCGAUAUGGAACGAUCCAGCCAGGGAACAGUUGAUGGAGAGGCAAACCGAAUUCUACUUGAUGGAUUCAGCGGAAUAUUUCUUCCAGGAAGCCAGCAGGAUUGUAUCACCAAACUACCUGCCCGUGGAGAUGGACGUACUACGCGCGAGAACCAAGACGACCGGAAUCUACGAAACCAGGUUCAAGAUGGGCCAGCUGAGCAUCCACAUGUUUGACGUCGGUGGACAGCGGAGCGAGCGUAAGAAGUGGAUUCACUGUUUUGAGAAUGUGACCUCUAUCAUCUUCUGCGUCGCUUUGAGUGAAUAUGACCAGGUUCUGCUAGAAGAGAACAGUCAGAACCGCAUGAUGGAGAGCUUAUUGUUAUUCGACUCGGUGGUGAAUUCGCGGUGGUUUAUGCGGACCAGCAUUAUUCUAUUUCUCAACAAGGUCGACAUUUUCAAGCAGAAGCUCGGGCGGUCACCGCUUGGCAACUACUUCCCAGACUACUCAGGAGGUAACGACGUCAACAAGGCGGCCAAGUAUCUUUUGUGGAGGUUUAACCAGGUGAACCGCGCCCACUUGAACCUUUACCCGCAUUUGACGCAAGCAACCGAUACCUCCAAUAUUCGCCUCGUUUUCGCAGCGGUCAAGGAGACCAUCUUGAAUAAUGCGCUCAAGGACUCAGGCAUCCUCUGA